AUGGAGCAGGAGGGGCCGGAGUACUGGGAGCGGCAGACGCGGAUCUCCAAGGGAAAUGCAGAGACUUAUAGUGUGAGCCUGAGGAACCUGCGCGGUUACUACAACCAGAGCGGGCACGGUUCUCACACCCUCCAGAAGAUGUAUGGAUGCGACGCGGAUUCCCACGGGCGCCUCCUCCGCGGAUACUGGCAGUCCGCCUACGACGGCAAAGAUUACCUCGCCCUGAACGAGGACCUGCGCUCCUGGACC